AUGUCAUGGUUACUGAAGUUUGUGAAGGAAGGUAAACCAUAUUUGGCAGUGACAUUGUUGCAAUUUGGAUAUGCAGGAUCAGCCAUUAUUGCUAAGUCUGCUCUAAAUCAUGGCAUGAGCCAUUUCACCUUUGCCGUCUACAGAAAUGUCUUUGCCACUAUUGUCUUUGCUCCUUUUGCCUUGCUCUUUGAAAGGAAAAUAAGGCCAAAAAUGACUAUAUCCAUUUUCUUGAAGAUUAUGUUGCUGGGCUUAGUGGAGCCUGUCAUCGACCAGAACUUGUAUUACACAGGAUUGAGAUACACUACUGCAACUUCUGCAGCAGCAAUGUGUAAUUUGCUUCCAGCCCUCACCUUUUUGUUGGCUUGGAUAUUAAGGCUUGAGAGGGUGAAUAUUAAGAGAUUAUCAAGUCAGGCAAAAAUAAUAGGAACAACAGUGACAUUUGGUGGUGCGAUGAUUAUGACACUGAUUGGUGGACCUACAAUUGGAUUGCCCUGGACCAGACAUCACCUCAAUAUUAUUCCAUCUUCUCCUACUGAUUUACAACCCAUUAAGGGUGCUCUUUUCAUAGCAGCAGGUUGUAUCUGUUGGGCCUGCUUUUACAACCUUCAGGCAAUUACAUUGAAGACAUACCCUGCAACAUUAUCACUCACUUGUCUAAUAUGCUCCGCCGGAGCUCUGCAAGGCACUCUUCUGACCCUUGUGGUUGAAAGGGGCAAUACUUCAAUCUGGGCCAUCCAAUGGGACACUUCAUUCUUAUCUUACGUUUAUAGUGGAAUGGUCACUUCUGGAGUUGGCUAUUAUGUCUCUGGAUUGAUAAUGAAGGAAAAAGGACCCGUUUUUGUUACUGCAUUUAAUCCUCUAAAUAUGGUUAUCGUCGCAAUUUUGGGUUCAUUCAUUUUAUCCGAAGAGCUAAACUUGGGAAGAGUUUUGGGAGGGGCAAUCAUUGUAAUUGGACUAUAUUUAGUAAUAUGGGGCAAGAGCAAGGACCAACAAUCAUCAACAUCAUUCAGUAGUGAAGAGGCUGUUCAAUCUGAAUUUGUUGAUCAAAAAGAAAUAUCAAAGUCUUCAAAUCAGGCAAAAGUUGGAGAUGAAGCUGUUUAAGAAGAAAUGGCUAGGAUUAAAG